CCACGUAGGAGUGACCCCCAACGACCACACCGAGCACGAGCAGAGCACCAACAGCUCGCGCCUUCCUUAUCCAGUUCUUGUAGCUAGCUUCGUUCAUGGGCAGCGAGUGCAAGGGCCACCACCUCCAGGACGAUGAUGGAGGCGGCGGCGGCCCGGGCGCCAUCGCGCCGUUCGUGGCGAAGACGUUCCACAUGGUCAGCGACCCGGCCACGGACGCCGUCGUGCGCUGGGGCGGCGCCAGCAACACCUUCCUCGUCCUCGACCCCGCCGCCUUCUCCGACUUCCUCCUCCCCGCCUACUUCAAGCACCGCAACUUCGCCAGCUUCGUCCGCCAACUCAACACCUACGGUUUCCGCAAGAUCGAUCCGGACCGGUGGGAGUUCGCGCACGAGUCGUUCCUUCGCGGGCAGGCCAAGCUGCUGCCGCUGAUCGCGCGCAAGAAGAAGAAGGCCGGUUCAGCAGGCAGCAGGGAGCUAUGCGAGGAGGAGGCGGAGGAGGUGCGGGGCACGAUCCAGGCGGUGCGGAGGCUGCGGGACGAGCGAAGUGGCAUGGAGGAGGAGCUGCAGGCCAUGGACCGCAGGCUCCGCGCCGCCGAGAACCGGCCGGGCCAGAUGAUGGCGUUCCUCGGCAAGCUCGCCGACGACCCCGCCGUGGUGCUGCGCGCGAUGGUCGCCAAGAAGGAGGAGCUGGCCGCGGCCGGUGGCGACGGUUCCAGCCCGGAGAAGAGGAGGCGGAUCGGGGCCGAGGCUGGAGCCGGAGCCGGACGCAGCGCCGACGGCGCCGAGGUGGUCCAGAGCAGGGCACCGCCGUUCCCCUUCUCUGCUAUGGGACAAGUGUUCUACUAGGGGACUUCCAGAGUAGAUGGAUAGGUGUACACGUGUGAUGUGUGUAUUAUGCCAUGUGACCGUGAACAUAUUGUAAGUUAGUGCGGCUACGUUGCAGAUACGUAGAAGAGUCUCUGCCUUCGCGGACGUAGAACCUGUGUGUAUAUCAAUAUGCUAAUCUAAAUGCUUUCUUUAUUUGGCGUA